GCUGUGGAUCUCUGGAUUUGCUCAGAAUGAAGGAUUCUCUGUUGUGUCAUUGGAAGUUAUUGCUGAAAUGGUGAAAAUAAGUGAUUUGCCUUCAACAUAUUGUCAAUGACAACUGUUUUCAAGGCUCAAAAAGCUCCAAUGCUGAAACAAUGAAUCGAUUUACAUUCACAAUUAGCUAAAGGGGGUGGAGUAUUUGAAGACAAAUAACAGGGGGUGUUUCUUACCCCUCUCUCCCCUCUUCCCCUUUCCACGCCGGUCUCCUUGGUCACACACAUGCACAAACACAGGUCACACAAACACUGACGAGGGCUCAGUCCUGCUAUGGCCACCACCACCACAGAGGAGAGUUUGGGGCUUUCUCAGGACACCAUGGCACCUCAGCAGCCCGAUUUAGGAAGUAACGUAGCACUUGACUCAGCAGCAAAGGCUGACCCCAAAGGGGCCCAAUGUGACAAACAGGAGGAAGCUGAGGAGGAUGGAGGAGCAAGCUCUGCUGUGCAGAAGGAGGAUACAACAGGGCCAACUCUGGAUCCAGAGUGGGUGGAAGAAAGAUUCAGGAUUGACAGGAAGAAGCUUGAAACUAUGUUGUACGCUCCUAAGCGUGAAGACAGUGAGACAGGAGAGGAGUUUUUUGAGCGAGUGAUGCGAGAAACUAACACUCAGGUGAAAUGGCCAUCCAAGCUGAAAAUAGGAGCAAAGUCAAAGAAAGAUCCACACGUGAAAGUGGAAGGUAAACGGGCCGGCGUGAGGGAAGCCAAAAAGAAGAUUCUAGAAGUGCUGGAAACCAAGCAGGUAAACAAAGUAACUCUGAAAAUGGACGUGGCCUACACAGAACACUCGCAUGUGAUUGGAAAGGGUGGAGGGAACAUCAAAAAGGUGAUGGAUGCCACGUCCUGCCACAUCCACUUCCCUGACUCCAACCGCCACAACAGUGCAGGAGAAAAAAGCAACCAGGUUUCUAUUGCCGGGCCCAUAGAAGGGGUGGAAGAAGCCAGGAGGAGGAUAAGAGACCUCCAACCAAUGUCACUGACCUUUGAUCUGCCUGUGAGUCUGGUACCCCAGGCUCUUCCAGAUGCAGGCUCCCCCCUCAUCCAGCAGGUCGUGCAGGCUUUUGGGGUCAGUGUAAAUUUCCGGGCCCUCCCAUCGCAGCCUCAAACCUCUUUUUAUGGAAACUGCUGCACCGUCUGGGGACUGCAGGGCAACACGGCAGCCGUGAAGAAGGCGACCUGCAUCCUGAUGGACCUCCUGCUUGGAUCGGACGCUCCAGGUGGGGCAGUAAGCAGCCAACUGGACGUCACCACCCAGCAGCAUCUCUUUCUGCUGGGGCAGAACGGAACACACUUCCUAAGCAUUAUGCAGCAGACUCAGACUCAGAUCGUUCUGCCAGACCUCGGUGCCCCUCAGAGUCCCCCCUCUCUGCUCAUCCAGGGCAGCCCUGAUGGAGUCUGUCUGGCUCGACAGCAGCUCGUGGACUGCCUGCCGGUGUGUCUGAUGUUUGACAUGCGAGAGGAUGGAGCUGCAGAUCCCAGCACGCUGUCUCAGAUGAUGCACAAUCUGGGAGUAUUCAUUAGUGUCAAACCAAAAGCGAAGCAGACCAGCAAGUCGGUGGUGGUGAAGGGUCUGGAGCGCAACAUCUCCAAUAUUUAUGAAGCCCGUCGCGCCCUCCUGGGACUGGAUUCCUCUGAGCAUGCAAAAAUAAACGGACUGAGCCAUGACCCCAUGCUUCCCGGAGGUGGGGCGACCAACUACUGGCUCAACAUGUUGCUGCAGCAGCUUCGUCUCUCUGAGCAGGGUUGUUUAUCUGUGUCUUCCACAGAAAUUGGGGCAGGCGGUAAACCCCGACCUUCUCCUCCUCCAGGACUCGCUCCUUCUCCUGAAGAGGGAAGGCCGGGACUGAGGGGUACGGACAGUCGGCCACUGGAGAAGAUUCUUGAAAACGAGUACCAGUCGGGUCAGUCUGAAGAUGAGGACCAUGAGAUGUGUGAUGCAGCACACAGCAUCAGCAGGGUUGGGCUGAAUGGACGAAGAGGGAGCCUGCAAAGUCCUGACAUCAACACGGUUCUGAACCAAGGCAGAAGGCAUUCAACAGGACAACCAAUAUUGUACAGACUGUUGAACCCAGAGACGAAGGGAGGGAGGGCUGAGCGGAGGAACAGCCUGAGGAGCGACGUGACUCUGCCUCCAAAUGUCUGUGCUGACUCAUCCAAGGCUGAGGAUUAUGAUUAUGAAAAAAAGAAACUACUUGCAACCAGAGCAAUGCAGAGGAAGCCCGUGGUCACUGAGGUCCGCACGCCAACUGAUACCUGGAGUGGCCUCGGUUUCUCCAAGUCAAUGCCAGCUGAGGCCGUCAAGGAGCUCCGCAACAUCAACCGGCGCAGCUACAAGCCUUACCUGAGCACCAGCAGCAAUCAGCAACAGUCUUGGGCUGCUCAGACGGGAAAGCCUUGUAAUGGCAGUAACUCUGAGAACUGGAGAGACAGACGUGGAUCAGGAUCUCUCACCGUUUCACCCUCAUCCUCUCCAUCCUCCCCCACCUCCCCCCCAACAACCCUCUCAUCCUCCACCUCCUCUUUUCCUCCAUUUGCCUCCUCAAACAGGAGCGACACACCAUCGGAGGGUUUUGUGAGCAGCAGCUUCUUUGAAAGUUCUUCGAGGAGGGCGUUAACUUGCAGCCAGCGAAGCCCCUCCCCUAGUGUGACAAAUGACUUGCCUGAGUUGCUCAACCAACUUGGUCUGAUCAAAUAUAUUGACGUGUUCGAGCAACAAGAGAUCGACUAUCAGACGUUCCUCACUUUAUCCGAUGACGACCUUAAAGAGGUGGGCGUCUCCACUUUUGGGGCCAGACGUAAAAUGUUAUUAGCCAUUUCAGACCUCAACAAGAGCAAAAGGAGGCUGUCAGAUGCACCGGCGGUGAAGUCCGCCUACUUGGAGGGGGGCGCGAGCGGCCGACUCCCUCGAAUCAUAGAUGUGGAAGUUGCAGCUCAGAGAAAUGGAUGGUGAGAGAUGGCAUAACACAUCUCUGGGACUCAAUUAAUAAAGACAGUCAGUUCUAAGAUGAGGAUGCUUGUUGUAAAAAGUUGAAUGCUUUUUAUUGUCUAAAAAAAGAAUGCCCCCUGUAAGAUAUUACGGCAAUAUUUCAAUUCUUCAGCAGCCAUAUUCCAAAGUUUUUACUUAAUUGUUGGGCACACUUUUUGUGCUCUUUUAAAGUGCCUUUUUAUGCCAAUUUCAAGUUCCAUGCAACUGUAAAGAAAUUAUUACAUAAUAAUCCUCUUCAGAAUGUAGCAGUUGACUUUUGCAAUCUGCACUGUGCAUUCACUUUACAAAAAAGUAAACCUUAACGUGGAGAACAACAGUGUUACAGCUGAACACUAGAGGGCGCCAGUGUGACACUUUGUUUAUGACAACAGGAUGUAUUAAAGAAAAACAAACUUUGGAUUUUUUUUCUCUUUCUUUCUGGGUGACAAGGUUACUUGGAGAAGCUCAAAUUAAAAUAAAUGAUAAAUUAACUUGAAACCUUCAUAUGUUUAAAUAAACACUGUAAACCCAUCAAGCAACCUUUUUGUUUUUAAUCUUUCCACGCUUUAAUCCAAUGCUUCAUUUUUAUUUAUAAUUCCUGUCAAAAAUGUUCAAUUUGUCACCAGGAGAAGCUCUUUGGCAAUGAUUUGUAAUUUAGAGUAAUUUUGUUGGGCAACAAAUGGGAGUAAAUGAUGCAAAAUAGCUUAGCUCGGGGCUGUGAGGGGGUCUGAUCCAUUCAGGGUCUCUGCAAGCUGCCUCAGCGGCAGUCAAGCAUGAAAGACAGAGAGAGUGGAAAUGGUGCGUUAUGACAGAUCAAGAAAUAGAUGCCGUCUAAUUAUGACAGAGUUUUUUGGCCAAUUACAAAAAUUUCUUUUAGAGCAGUGAUCCUCAAAUUUUGUAGUCAGACGGUGGAUGUGCAAAGGUGGAUCAGUAGCCACUUGCUUUGUUAUUUUUGGUGCUUUCUGACAUGUUUUGAUGAAGUAAAUCCAUAUUCCAGUCAAAAUGGAUUGCUGCAGCAAAAAAAAAAAAAAAAAAAACAUGAAAAAAUU